CGGCGCGGCGGCGGGAGCGGCGGCGGGUCCCGCGGUCCGGCCACGGGCACCUCCGCCGGCGGGUUUUUUUUCGGGGCGGGGGGACCAACGAGAUUUUUUUUUUGUUUUAGUUUUAUUUUUUCCUUCUGCCUUCCUGCCCGCGGGACUAAGGCGACCUCAAUGAAGGAAAGAAGAGCGAGCCAGAAAUUAUCCAGCAAGGCGGUCAUGGAUCCUAACCAGAACGUGAAGUGCAAGAUCGUGGUGGUGGGGGACAGCCAGUGCGGGAAGACGGCGCUGCUCCACGUCUUCGCCAAGGACUGCUUCCCCGAGAGCUACGUCCCGACGGUGUUUGAGAACUACACGGCCAGCUUCGAGAUCGACGCGCAGCGCAUCGAGCUCAGCCUCUGGGACACCUCGGGGUCCCCUUACUAUGACAAUGUCCGUCCACUGUCUUACCCGGAUUCUGAUGCUGUCUUGAUUUGUUUCGACAUUAGUCGGCCAGAAACUCUUGACAGUGUACUAAAAAAGUGGAAAGGUGAAAUACAGGAGUUUUGCCCUAACACCAAAAUGCUUCUGGUUGGUUGCAAGUCGGAUCUGCGCACAGAUGUGAGCACACUAGUAGAACUUUCCAAUCACAGGCAGACCCCAGUGUCCUAUGAUCAGGGUGCGAAUAUGGCCAAACAGAUUGGAGCAGCAACGUAUAUUGAAUGCUCAGCCUUACAGUCAGAAAACAGUGUCAGAGACAUUUUUCAUGUUGCCACCUUGGCGUGCGUGAAUAAAACAAAUAAAAAUGUUAAAAGAAACAAAUCACAGAGGGCAACGAAGCGAAUUUCACAUAUGCCUGGCAGGCCAGAACUUUCUACAGUGGCUACAGAUUUGCGAAAGGACAAAGCAAAGAGUUGCACUGUGAUGUGAAGGACCUAGAUGAUUUUAAGGAGGAAGAGUCUUUUGGGGAGAGGUGAAGGCUCAAUGAAGUGCACGGCCACAUGGUAUAUAAUGAAGGCUUACGCCAGUGCUUUAAAGGAGACUCUUCACCUGUUCUUUGAGACUGUACUUAGGAACUGAGCAUGUAGACCAAGCAGUGAGAAGAAAUAGCUCUAAAUGAGGUGGCAUCAAGAAAUGGUACAUGGAAGAAAAUGCCAAAAAAGGAGAAUAUUUGAAUGUGCUGAGAAAAGAGGGUGAAUGGAAAAAUAGCACCACAAAGAAGAGAUGUCCUUGACA